CUGCGUCUCUCUCUAACUAGAGUAGAGAGAGUGUACUAUAGUGAGAGUCGUAUUUAUUUAUACAUAGACUGGUCACUCUACUAGUAGAGUAGAGAGAUAGAGACACUACUAUAGACUUUAGAGAGAGCGUCCUUUACAUAAUCUUGUAUAUUGACAAGAUAUCGCUCUCGAAGCGCAGCUAUUUGAAACAAGCACAUAUAUAGUGUUCGUCACCGUCACAAAUAGAUUCCUACAGGUAGCGGUUCCCUUGAAUCGCUCGUGUUCGUUCUACCUCUGAGGGCUCAUCACUUUCGGUAUAGAAUUUUUAUCAACGAGUAGCCUGUGCUACAGUCGCUGAAAACGUCUAUGUGUACACACGCGCACACACAUUAGUAUAUAUAUAUACCAGCUGUAUACUUAUACAUACCAGCUUUAUAGUAUUAUUUUUCAUUUGAUCAUAUUCUAAGAUGGCCACACAAACACACACUUCCACUGCAACUCAUGCGCACUUACCAGUUAACGGGGGUGUUGCAACAUGGUCUCCAGCACCGGAGAAGAAAGCAACUGCAAAUACUAUUAUUGCAGAAAGAACAAAAGCCAAGCCGCCCACGUCUGUGCAUCUAUUCGCUGGAGGACUGGGUGGAAUGAUGGGAGCAUGUGUCACGAAUCCAAUGGAAGUGGUCAAGACCCGAUUACAAUCUACCAAGUACAACUUUGCGUCCGGUAAACACUUGGGCGUUCUUCCUUUCCUGAAAGAAGUCUAUCAUAAGGAGGGCUUCCGAGCACUUUACAAAGGUCUUACACCAGCCCUCAUUGGCAUCAUACCCGCCCGAUCAUGCUACUUCAUGAUUUAUCAGCGAUCAAAGCACGAGUUCACACAUUUAAAUGGCGGGAAAGACAGCCCGUUCAUACACAUGGCUGGUGCCAGCAUGUCGGGGUUUACAACGAAUACACUGACAAAUCCGCUCUGGGUGGUUAAGACCCGUAUGCAGCUGAGCACUACGAAACUUAAAACAAAGAACACCAGUACAGCGCACAGAAUGAUUGCCAGCGCGAAGGAAAUCUAUACCGAAAGGGGUGUUAAAGGGUUUUACAGGGGGCUGACUGCGUCAUAUGCGGGGAUAAGUGAAACUAUAGUACAGUUUGUGAUCUAUGAGAAGCUCAAGAAGAUUAUUGCUGGCUAUAAUGAGAGUAGGGGGUUGGACGAGCAUUCGAAGAGCAACGUUGCCGUUCAAACUGUGGGCGCAGCAGCGAGUGCCAAGUUAAUUGCCUGUCUGUUAACGUACCCACACGAGGUAAUACGCACACGCAUGCGAGAGCCUCCGUCGUUCUUCUAUCCCAUUUCGUACAGGAAGUUUUUUCCGGCACUUAUCGGCACAGCGCGAUACGAGGGAAUACCAGGAUUGUACAGUGGUUUGACUGCACAUCUAUGCCGUGUGUUGCCGAACACAGCCAUUAUGUUCACGUGCUACGAGUUGACUGUGCGGGCUUGGGAGCGACGGCAUCUCUGAGCCAUUCAGUCAUAUCGCUCGUAAGAUUCGCAAAUGUUUGGAUGGAUUAUCAAAUUAUCAGAUUGAUUUAUUUAUAUUUCGGCUGAUUUCCGUUAUCAUAGACACACGUGUAUCUCAAUACGGUGCACACAUACCAUCUAUUUACCUCGACCGAGAAAUGGACACGUCAUGUACAGACACACGUGUAUGUUUGAGUACGGUGUAGGUCCUAUAGAACUUCUGGGGAACCGGGGGAGGGGGGGUUGGUUAGGUUUGCAACCUCGACUAUCGCAACACCUACGCUCUGGCAUUGCAUGCGACAUGGUGGUUGAGUUGACUGUAUAUGUUCAACUGUCCUCCUGACUGACUGUAUUAAGCUACCACGAAAUGAGGUAACGUAUCCUCGGCGCGAUAUACCACGGAUUGAGUCUUAACUGAUGCGCGUCUCUAUAGCUCUGAAGUGAUGGGCGUUACAUGAAGUCAGCUGCUACAUGCGCACACAUAGGCAGCAUAGUAAAGGAACAUAGUAUCAGAUUUUAACAUGUAUAUAUACCAUACACAUAUGGAUAUGCUAUACAUAAUAGGUUAUUCGCCGGGUCAUCGUUGUAACGUUGAGAUGAUGCAUAUGAGCACACUGGCGUAAGAGAAUAUAAUUUCAGUCCGUUGAUAAUAAACUGUUGCAAUGC